UGAGCGAGCAUAGGAUGGCCUCCUCAAUAAUAUACAGAGAUUUAAUCGCCAGUUGCACAUGAUGAGGACUGCUAUUGUGAUCAAGCGGAUGUUACACAAAUUUACAAUGAAUUAAAAAUAGUAUAGAGUGGUUGGGUAGUGUGGAUCUUAACACAGUAUGUCCAGAGACAUUGUGGGAAUGUGGGACGUGUCGCUUAGCGAUGGGGUUUACCGAAUUGAGUUUGAACAUGGAUCAACAACAGGGAAACGGGUCAUUUAUAUUAAUGGGAAGGAGGUGUUGAGGAGGGAUUGGAUGUUCAAACUGGUGGGCAAAGAAACGUUCCCUGUUGGGAGCACAGAUACAAAAGCUACCAUAAGUAUUGAGGCAAUCACUGGGUUUUCCUAUGAGUACACACUGGAAAUCAACGGAAAAAGUCUCCAAACAUUUUUGGACAACCGAUCAAAAAUGUCAAGAACAUGGGUGCUGAAACUGGGUGGUGCUGAUUACAGGAUAGUUUUAGAGAAAGACACUAUGGAUGUGUGGUGCAAUGGACAAAAAAUGGAGACUAUGGGGGAGUUUACAGAAGAUGGAAGCGAGACACACUUUACAGUGGAAAAGAAGGAAUGCUGCAUUAAAGCAACAAGUAGUGGAAGGAAACGAAAUGGAAUAGUUCAUUCCCUGCUGGUGGAUGGAAUCAGGAUAGAAGAGGCCAUUGAGUAAAAUACUGUAGAUGCUUACAGAAUUCAGCUGUGCAAGACAUUUAGUAACAGAAUUAUCAGAAUUAGAUACAGAUGUUUUUUUACUAGGGUAGAAUGGGGUAAAAUGCCCCCCAGAAGAUGACCCCUGACCAGCACAUUUAUUGAAUGACUUGGAUGUUCAUAAUCUGAAAAUCAACAUUUGUAAGAUUUAGUCAGUCAAAACAGUACUGAGGUUAACUGAUCUUAUUUUGUGUCACAGUAAUCUAGGAUAUUGUAUUAUGCUGAAUAUCUAAGGUGUUUGUGUCUAUUUGUUAAUAAGAGAUUUGUGGACACAUAAAUGUGUCAGAUUUGUGGAUUAAAAGACAUUGUUUUUAUACUGAAAGGAUAAAAUUAGGCCCUUGAGCUAAAUGCCCACCCUGGAAUGGAGACAAAAGGCUUCGAGUUUACUUAGUUGUUAUUUUUUAAUUAAAAAAUUGCAAUAAAUAAUGGGGUUAAUAUUCAAUAAAUCCAUCAGUUAGAUGUACCUUUUAGGCAUCUUCAAUAGUCAUUAAAACCUAUACUAUAAAUUGACUGAAAUCAUUUCAAAUUAGAAGUCAUAGUAUUGCUGCUAUGAUGUAACCUAAAUUGAAAUAUUGCCAAUAUACAUAGGUCUAUAUGUUCAUAUGUCUGUAUAUAAGUCAUAGAAUAAAUUUACCUUUCAGAUGAA